AUGAGCCUUCGCGACCUGGUCGAGGGGGAGGCGAUUAUGGAUGACGAUGAGAACGACGAGGAGCUCGCCGACGACUAUGAUGGCGAGGUCCGCCAGGGUGCGGGCACCACCAAUCACUACAAUGACUCGAGUGAGGAGGAAGAUGAAGAAGAAGAUGACGAAGAGGCUGCUCGCGCCGUCCGUGAGGGUUUCAUCGUGGAUGAGGACGAGGAAGACGAACGCGCCGCUCGCAAACACAGGAAACGCCCACGCGCUGCCCGCGAAGAAGAGCACCUUGACGAGGAAGAUCUGGAACUCAUUGGAGUUACCCCGAGUCAGCAACGGGGACCUACUACGGAGUCAAAGUUCAAGCGCCUGAAGCGAGGCAAAGACCGCGAGAGCCACCAGCCUUCCCAUGGCGUCGAUGACAUUUUCAAUUCGGAUGAAGAAGAGGAAGCGCAGCAAUAUGCUCGACCGGGCCAGCGCCGUGGUCUGCGAGAUGAAAUGGACGACUUCAUUGAAGAGGACACGUUCUCCGAUGAUGAAGCCCAACGUGAACGCGAUGACCUAGGGGUUGCACCCGCAUCCAGGGUUAACAAGACUGGAUUGAUUCCGACCGACACCUCAGGCUUGGAUGAAAAUGCGCUCGAGGAUAUGCGCGCUGCGUUUGGUGAUGGCACCGAGUACGAUUUUGCAUUGCAAAUGGAGGAACAAGAAGAUGCCGACAAACAAACCGAAGAACGGCACCUAGACUUGAAAGACGUCUUUGAACCGUCUGAGCUUGCAGAGAGGAUGUUGACGGAGGAUGAUAAUGAGAUUCGUCUCCUCGAUGAGCCCGAACGCCACCAGGUUGCUCGCAAGCCCUACAAGCAUGUGACAUUGUCCGAGGAUCAGUUCCGGGAAGAAGCAGUCUGGAUCUCGAACUUGAUGUUGCUCAAGAAGCGCAUGGAACCCGAACUGCGCGAACCAUUCCAGCGCUCUGUCGCUAAGAUGUUGGAGUUCCUGAUCACGGACGAUUGGGAAGUGCCUUUCAUUUUCCAGCAUCGCAAAGAUUACAUGAUUCAUGCCGUCAAAGACAUGGCCAAUGGUGCUGAUCCCGAUGAUGAGUCUGCACAAUAUAGCAUCCGUGCCGAGAAACUCCUCAACAUGACCGAUCUCUGGGAUAUUUUCGACCAUGACCUCAAAUUCCGCGCUUUAGUUGACAAGCGUGGUACAAUUCAAAAGACAUACGACAACCUACAAACUCUAUUUAGCGUGAAUGAUUCUAAUGUGGAGGAACUGCUUGCUGCGGCCGCGAGUAUGGAAGAACUUCAAGAUGUGCAAGAUUACAUCCAUUUCCAAUACUCUUCACAGCUACGUGACCUGAAUCAGGUGAAUGGCGAGGCUACCGGAGAAACGCAGCGCCGAAAAGCGACUGGCAAAUCCUUCUUCGAGCGAGUCCGCAACGGCAAAGCUUACGGUUUCGUGCGUGCUUUUGGCAUCACUGCAGAUGCAUUUGCUCAGAAUGCCUCCAAGGAAGGGCGCAGGCAAUACACCGAAGAUCCCACCGAGCACCCCGAAGAAAUGGCAGAUCAGUUCGUCGACAAUGACUUUUCCAACAGCUCACAUGUCCUCAAAGCCGCGAAGUCGAUGUUCGCGGAAGAACUUGCCCUUAGCCCAAAAAUGCGCAAAGUUAUUCGUCAGGCGUACUAUAUGAACGGAGUUGUCGAUUGCUUCCGCACAGAGAAGGGACUCCGCCGGAUCGAUGAACAGCAUCCAUAUGCCGAAUUUAAAUAUUUGCGGAACCAGCAGCUCAGCGAUAUCGCCCGUCGUCCAGAGAUGUUUUUGCGCAUGCUCAAGGCCGAGGAAGAGGGACUGGUUGAUGUCCGGGUGCGAUUUGAAAACUUUGAUCAGUUCCGCACUCGACUCUACGCCGAUAUCGAAUCAGACAACUACAGUGAACUUGCUGAUGCUUGGAAUCGCGUCCGCCGCGAGGUUCUGGAUCUGGCCUUGGGCAAGCUGGAAAAGUUGAUCAAUCGUAGUGUCAAGGAAAACAUUCGACAGGAAUGUGAGAACCAUGUUGCCAAGGAGUGUCGCGAGGCAUUCUCUCAACGUCUAGACCAGGCCCCUUACAAACCCAAGGGCAUGGUCCUGGGCACAGUGCCCCGUGUGCUCACUCUCUCCACCGGAUCUGGACAAGUGGGCCGGGACCCAAUUCACUGGGCUUAUACAGAGGAAGAUGGCCGCGUCUUGGAGAAUGGCAAAUUCAUCGAUCUUUCAUUAGGAGAUGAGAACCGUGGCAUUUCAGACGGUGAAAAUGUGGCCGCCUUUGUGGAUCUGGUAGAUCGUCGUCGACCGGAUGUCAUUGGGGUGUCAGGUAUGACACCAGAGACCCGCCGCCUGUACAAGUUGUUAUCCGAAAUCGUCGAACAGAAAGACAUGCGUGGUGCAUCUUACACAAAUGAUCACGACGAGGAAGUCAGCGACCCAUUGGAGGUGGUCAUCGUCAACGACGAGGUUGCUCGACUAUACCACAACAGCCCUCGUGCCAGAACCGACAACCCGGGCUUCGGACCUUUGACUCAUUACUGCGUGGCCCUGGGCCGGUACUUGCAGAGCCCACUUAAGGAAUACGCAUCUUUAGGUCGUGAUGUUGUAUCUAUCCAGUUCAAGCCAGGCCAGCAACUAGUGUCCCAGGAUCUGCUCCUCAAGCAGCUGGAAACUGCUCUGGUCGACAUGGUCAACUUGGUUGGCGUUGAUCUCAACGAGGCAGUGGCUGACACUGCGACAGCCAACCUCUUGCCAUAUGUUUGCGGUCUCGGUCCCCGAAAGGCGGCUCACUUACUUAAGAUUGUCAACAUGAACGGCGGAAUCGUUAACAACCGAGUGGAAUUGCUUGGCGUUAACGCGACAUACCCUGCUAUGGGUGUCAAAGUCUGGAACAACUGUGCUAGUUUCGUCUACAUCGACUUUGAGAAUGCUGAUCCAGAUGCCGAUCCACUCGAUAAUACCCGUGUGCAUCCCGAAGACUACGAUAUCGCUCGAAAGAUGGCUGCUGAUGCACUGGAGUUGGACGAGGAAGAUAUCAAGGCUGAGACUGACGAGAAUGGUACCGGUGCUAUCAUGCGGAAGUUGUUCCGGGAAGAGGCACAAGAUCGUGUCAACGAUCUGAUUCUGGAGGAAUAUGCAGAGCAGCUCGAAAGAAAUCUCAACCAGCGCAAGCGUGCCACCCUCGAGACGAUCCGAGCCGAGUUGCAACAACCAUACGAGGAACUGCGCAAGCAAUUUGUCUUCCUCAGCACAGACGAUAUCUUCACAAUGCUGACUGGCGAGACCGCUGAAUCUUUAAUACCUGGUAUGGUAGUGCCCAUCGCGAUCAAGCGGGUAUUUGAAGAUCACAUUGAGGCCAAAUUGGACUGCGGAGUUGACGUGCUUGUGGCCGAGACUGAACUUGGCGUUCCUUACGACAUUCCUGUACGGAACGCAUACCAAGUGCACCAGACCGUCCCGGCUAAGAUCAUGUUCUUGAAUCGCAAAGCUUUCUCUUGCAAUGUCUCUCUGCGCGAAGAACAGGUCAGCCAACCAUCUCGGCGGAACCCAGACCACGGAUUUGGGGAUUGGGACGAUGCGCAGGAGCGGGCCGACAAGGAAUCGCUGCAGGAAAAACAACAGCGUGGUGGUCAAGCCAUGCGUGUUAUCAAACACCCGCUCUUCCGGCCCUUCAACUCGACUCAGGCCGAGGAGUUUCUGGGCUCUCAAAGUCGAGGUGACGUUGUUAUUCGGCCGUCGUCCCGCGGCCACGAUCACCUGGCUGUGACUUGGAAAGUGGCACAAGGCGUGUACCAGCACAUUGAUGUCCUGGAAUUGGACAAGGAGAACGAAUUCUCCGUCGGUCGUGUUCUCAAGGUUGGCGGUCGGUACAGCUACAGUGAUUUGGAUGACCUCAUCGUCAAUCAUGUCAAAGCGAUGGCUAAGAAGGUGGAUGAGAUGAUGCUGAACGAGAAAUUCCAAGAUGGCAGCAAGACCGAGACCGAUCAAUGGCUCGAGACCUACACCAAGGCCAACCCUCGUCGUUCGGCAUAUGCAUUCUGCAUCAACGCCAAAUACCCCGGCUACUUCUUCCUUUGUUUCAAGGCAGGCGAACAUGCGCGACUUCAGAACUGGCCCGUCAAGGUGAUCCCACAGGGCUACGAGCUACAGAAGAACCCUUACCCUGACAUGCAUGCUUUAUGCAAUGGUUUCAAACUGAUGUUCAGCAACAUGAGCCAGGGGCGGAGAUGA